AUUAUUUAAAAAAUAUAUUACGUAAAAAUAUCCAAACAAAAAAAUGGAUCAAUCAGUUUAUUACAACGAAUACAUUAUCUCAAGCAACAACAGCAUCAACGAGAAUACAGUAAAUGAUCAGAAAUUCAAAAGAUCACCAAGCUAUAGAUUGAAAAAGUUAUUGAAGCCACUCAUGAAUAUCAUCAAACAAAAUAAUACUACAAAAUCAUCACUAGGAACAACAAAAUUGACAACAACAAAAACAGUGUGCAAGUGUAAAAACUACUCAUAUGAUUAUGAGGAUGAACAAAUGUACAGCGAUGAUUACAUCUACAGCUACACACACGAAAUUGACAACAAUCAAUUUAAUGAAGAAUUGGAAACAAGAAUAAUCGAUGAAAUCAAAUCCUGUGAUGAAAACUCAGCAAUUUAUGUCUAUGAUGAAGAAAAUAACUGCCAAUUGACACCGAUGAGCAGUGAAGAAAUUUAUGUGCCAGUUCAUUUCGCAAGAACCGAAGGUGGUACCUUCUUCUGGACAACAACACAACGAUACGAUAGCGAUCUUAUUGAUUCAAAAGAUUGCACAUCAAAUCGUCAAUUACCACAACAACAAUCACACGAUUAUGAUAGAUGGGUUCAAGCAUAAGCUGCAUACAUCAUCGUCAACAUCAUGUGCCAUAUAAAAAG